AUGGGCUCUACACCGAUCAUUCCCAUAAUCGGUGGAACGGCGGCAGAUUGUGUGCCGCCAGCCCUGCCGGAAAGCCUUUGGGUGCUGGUCGUCGAAAUACCAGAGAUGGAUCCUCCCUCGCUGGAAAAGGUGGAUGUAUAUCAUUUCCCGCAGCUCAAUGGGUAG